UCUUUAGCCAGCAAAGUGUUUAUUUUGUUGCUACAUAUUUAUUUAUUUAUUUAUACCUCCCACACAAUAAACAAAGUAGUGCAAACAAAAUUAUUAAGCACCUUCCUAGCACAUUGCGCUUAAAUUCAACUUUUUAUUUUGUAUGCACUUGCUAAAGCAUUUUACGCACAAAACAACCAAAACACAUUAUGUAAACAAAUAUUUAUUUAUACCAGAAAUAGUUAGUAAUAACCAAGCCAAGCCAACCAGCUUCCGUCGGCACCAAGAAGCCACCAAACAAAAUUAAAUACUAGCAUAGUACCUAAUCUAGAAUUCCUAGAUAACACUUUGUGGUGUCUCUAGAGACUAGAGGGUACCUAGACCUACCGCCAUCGGCAUCCGGCCAUCGCCAUCGCCACUGCCCCAUCAGCUUCAGGCUUAGCAAAUAUACCACUCUAUGGGUAUAUAACAUUCAUAGCGCUAGCGGUAAUUAAGCAAUGUUAAAGUUCUAUAAUUUAAUUAUAGAAAUGAAAAUCGUCGAUCUAUUGAUUGUAAGAAACAAUUGUUGUGAGUUGGCGGCUUGCGUUAGGUUGUCGUAGACGUGCUCUCUCUCCGUCUAAUUCUAGUCGAACGCGAAUUAAACAAAAUAGAAAAAAAAAGCCAAAAAUAAAAUAAUUUAACUUAAAAGAUUAUGGCGAUGUCAUGGCAUCAAAAAGAGUGAUGCAUCGCUUAGUUGCUCGGGCACUUAUUCUAGCUACCCUCACCCUAGUUUGCUUUAGCGAAAUUCUUAUCUAUCAUGUAAAUGAAUGGUCGUGGAAGCAAAUCUAUUGCAGACAUGAAAAUUGCACGCGAAUAUUAUUUGUGGCGGAUCCACAACUGCUGGGCAAAACGUUCGACACCUCGUGGUAUAGUUCAAUAGCUCGAAACGAUGCUGAUAGGUACUUAAGAAAAACAUUCGAACAUGCUAGUGCAUUUACAAAGCCAGAUAUUGUGUGCUUUAUGGGAGACUUAUUAGACGAAGGCAACAUCGCAUCACCGCAACUUUAUUCUGGUUAUGUUAGAAGAUUUAAAAAUAUCUUCCAUUCAUACAAAAAUGUUCAACGAAUACACAUUCCCGGUGACAACGAUAUAGGUGGAGAAAACGGCGAUUACAUAUCAAAUUCGAACAUACGUCGUUUCGAAAUCGAAUUCAUGCACCAAGAUCUCUUCGACUAUGACAAUCGUUUGCGUUUCUUUAAAAUAAAUCGCAUGGUAAUGGACUUUACCAAUCCUGACCGAGACAAUAAUAUGGAUCGCACUCGAAUCGGGCUAUCGCACAUGCCCCUACUAAUGUCUGGUGGACCAUUGUUGCGUGGAGUUCUCUCCGACAUAGAUCCCCAUGUUAUGUUCUCCGCCCAUUGGCAUGAAUCUCGAAUAUUUUUAUAUCCCUCAACAAAUUCAAUUCAUUUUUAUCAAAACGAAAUUCGAACAUUCGAUUUAAACGAAUUAAAAAACGACCACACAUAUCUCGAAAUAAUGAUACCAACAUCAUCUUAUCGCAUGGGUAAGCCUCGAAUGGGUUAUGGCUUUGCUGUUUUAGAAAACAAUAUGCUUUAUUAUACUGUGCUGUGGGGUAAUAAUCGAUUUAUAUGUCUUAUAAUUUACGUCAUCUGGGCGGUGUGUGCGACGACAAUUUAUAUUCUUGUUAAUAUGAUGACGCGUUGUCCUUUCCGAGUUGCCAAACGACAUAUCCAACCAAGAUACUCAGCUAUACCUCAAUUUUAGAUUCUAGUCUAAAUAAUUAUCAUAAUCGUGUUAUUUAUAAUGUUCUCGACUAUGUUAUAGGAACAUAGAACAAAAUUGUGUUUAAUAUUUGUAUUAGAAUCGUGUAUCUACAUAUAUAACUUAAGACGACUCUACAUAACAUAGAUAAUAAUCAUAUCAUUAUAUUCGAAAUUAAGAAAAUUCCUCCCCACAGAUUUUAACCACUUAUAUACAUGAAUUUAUCAAAGACUACCAUUUCCCACUUAAUCGCUCCUUUUAGCGAAACGUUUACACCUAUUAUGCUCAUGAUUUAGGUACAUAAUUAUAGAAGAGCGAAUAACGUACUUUACAAGACUAAAGACUAUAAUCUUAACAAAUUUUAUACGUGAUGAGAUCUACGCAUUUCGAUUUCUAAUCUACGAUAUUUAUAUGGAAAAAUGAAACAGAAUCAAAACAUGUAUUUUAAAGUAUCUAUAGAUAAAAAUCCAAGUGCAUAAGUCUCAUCUAUGCUUGAAAAAGGAUUCUAUCAAAAUACGUAUUUUAAUUUAUUUUUGGUCACAAAAUGGACAAGAAAAUAUUUUAAACUAGCCAAUUACUAAUAGACACAGUUGAUCGAAUCUCAAAUUCCUUACAUACCAUGAAAGUAGGUAUAUGGAACUUAUAGUCAUCGAUUUAAAAAAAGAUUUUAUUAAAAUUAAUUUGUUGUAUUAUUGAAUCUUAUAUUAAAUUUUAACAUUCUAUUUGCAUACAAUGUAUUUAAAUUUUAAGUAAAAAGUUUGACUUUAAUGAAAGUAUUGAAUGUAAUAUCAGUUUUAAAUAGAAGAAUUAUUUGUUUUAAUAAAAUGUUAAAAUCGAUAA